ACUGUACGAUGAAAUUGUGCACGGGGAACCCUGCACGUAGAUCGCUUGGUUUGUCCUUGUUUAUUUUUCGCAGUACAUUGGGAAACCGUCAACAGACGUUUGCGGAAAUCUGCCAUACCAAGUAAAAAUUUCUUGUGCAACGUUCGCAAGAAUUUUCAAGGGCGUGUUGGCUUGGAUACAAAUGUGAAAUAUCGUUAUCGUUUUCAGUCUCUUUGAAAAGGCUAUUAACCAUCCAUAUCAGAGAUAUAAAACACAGAUACUCCAGCGGUUACAUUUUAGAAAGUAAUUCAAAGUGGAAAAAGGCGCAAUGAUGAGUGACAGUGUUUGUACAGUUGAGCAACUAAAUCCUGAUCAACGGAAUGCAUACUUUCGAGUACUCGAUUCUCUUCAGGAAAACAAGGUUAUCCUAAUCGAUACUCCAAGUGGAACGGGCAAAACUUUUAUGUUAUCUCUCUUGGCGAAAACAAAUUUUAAUACUGACAAACCAGUACACUUCGUCACUUUUAGAAGAGAUCAAGCAAGUGAAAUGGUAUCGAAGCAAAUCGAAGGAUACACUUAUAUCUCAUAUAACAUGCGUAACUUUAGUUUGUCUUAUAAUUCUGCAAUCCGUAUGUUUAAUAUGGAUAGUAAGAACAAUAUUGACCUACUUUAUAAAGUGCUUCAAUACUCGAAAAGCUAUGCCUAUGUCAGUCACAUGAUAAACGUUAUUGUUUUAGACACAUAUACCGUAGCUUCACCAAUUAUGUUACUCUUAUUAUACAUAGUGGCACUUCAAAAGAAUACACAAUUAAUUAUCGCCGGAGAUAAAUUACAACCUGGUCCUAUGCCCAGAUCUCGAUUUCACGGUAGAAAUAAUUUCUUCUUUGCCAAUACACUAUCUGAUCUGAUGAUAGACGAUUUAACCAAAAACAUGCGAUCGCCUGACCGUGAUUUCGUAAAUAAACUAUCGCGUUUACGUGAAAUGUUAGAGAGCUACAGUCACACGGAAGAUAUUCCGCUGCAUUUUAAUUUCCGUUACUUAUUGUACUGUCUUUUCCGACCAAAAUAUUUCGCCGAGGAGCGUUUCGAUACUGUUUACAUGGCUCAGUGUCAUUGCGACCUCACAGCACGUUUGUACCGUUACAUAGACCAUCUCGAAUCUUUGAACAUGCAAUACGUAAUAGAGCCGUUUUACACGCCUAAAAAUGAAGGAGGCAGUACCAUUUUAAUGCCAUUAACCACCCCAAGAAAACAGCCACAGAAAUUCUUUCCCGGUUUACUUUUGGUAAUUGGUUGCAAAUAUAUCCACAUAGCUGAAAAUGGCAAGCACACUUUUGUAUGCCUAGAAGGAAUGGUUUAUGAAAACAAUCGACUCGAGUCUCUUCUUAUUCGUCCCAUAAGUAACAAAUUAUGUAAUCAACAAAAGAUUGAACGUUGUUACCUUAAUUAUUAUCAAGUUCUACCGGCGUUUCGUAAAUGGUUAUUGUACGGGCAUAACGAGGAUGCAAAAUUAAUGCAAUUCCCUUUGCGUAUAUACACGUCAACGUAUCACGCUGCUUUAGGGGGUACAGUUGGCAAAGAUGUAGAACUUUGCAUUAAUUCUAGCGUUAAGGCUAACAUUACAAUUAACUCCGUUUAUGCUGGCCUUUGUUGCAUAACUCGCGAGUCAGCUAUUCACAAAAUGCACGCCGAUACGGAUCUUUUAAGUUUGAUAGUGACUGAAUACAUGGAAAAUGAACGGGACGAUAAAGAAUUUUAUUAUCGUUGCCCUUCGGAUGUGAAAGACAAAGCAACUCUGCGAGCUGCUUCUAAUUAUCAGAGUGGCAGAAAUGAUUUUAUAGAUGGCAUGAAAUGGAUCACUGCAUCCAGUAUUAGUAUCUUCGAAAAUGAAAACAAUAAAAGUUAUUUGCGUAUAGAACGUAGCAAGUAUAAAGCGUCGAAAAGAGAUAAUAAGAAUACACCUUUAAUGAAUAUCGCAGAAUUUAUUAAGGACAACAAGAAUUUAGUAUGUAAUACAAUUAAAACUAUACCUAAUGAAAAGUCCAGUGUGGCCAUCCAGAAAAAGAAAGCGAAGGAAAAUUAUAGAGAAUCGAAGGCAUAUUUGGUUUUGAAAGAAGCGUACAAUUCUUGGAAGUCUAAAAAUGUAGAAAAUGAAGAAUAAGUUUUAAAUUAUGUUUAAUAUAAUGAAUAUUAAGCUCUUCAUAUUUAUGACUAUUUUCUUUUUCUUUUAUUAAAUAAAAUAUUUACGUUAUGAAUUUUUACAUUAUGUGGAAGAAUAUAUUUUAUUUCUCUUUCGUAACAUUCAUUUUCGAUUUCUUAUUAUCUCUAGAGACUUAUAGGCAAUAUUUAAUUCUGACAGCUAAAGGUGAACACGCUAAUACCUGUUCCUGCAGUCUGGCACUGAACUUUUUGUUUAAAUCUUUUUGUUUCCUUUGUAAUCUAGUGAUAGACGGUGUACAUGUAAACGAUAACGUUUAUAAUCGAGAGUUAAAAAUCCUCGCCUUUGACUGAUGUCGCUUGAAGGAUAUGUUUAUACUCUGUAUGUUGACUGAGAUCGACACGACCUAAACAAAAAGUUGAACAGGUGUUCUGAGGGACCAGCGAGUCAUUUAACACAUUAACGUGAUAAAUGCUAAUAGCAAACAGCUAUUGCCAAAGUUUUAUAUGUAAGAAAAUUCUAAAACAUACAAAAACAAUAGUUAUAAGAGUUAGUACUAAUUUUUUUAUUUGUAAACAAUAACGUAUGAUAAGUAGUUUUCCUAAAGGUGCUUGAGUAUUUUGUUUUUUAAUAAUAAAACACUGCUGGACAUUUUAACAGUAUUAUCGUUUACAUUUAAUUGUAAUUGUUCACAUUUAAAUGAAAAUGUCGGAUAUAUUCCAUACAAUUAGUGCUUUAUUAGAAAUCAAAAUCCCAAAGCCAGCUUUGACAGCGUUACAUUAUUUUAUAUUUUAUAUAUUAGGUGCUAUGCCUUUAUAACAAAUUCCUUUAGUAUGUACUGCGACGUUUUAUAAGUCUUACAAGUUCUGAUGUUUCUAUUUUUUUUUUCCUAUGCACGAAGCGAAACGUUACCAACGCUGUAAUAUUUCCGGUGUGUUUACUGUUUUUGCGAUGAAACAAGUUGAAUUGUGCCAGAGUAUCGAGUGUUGUAUUUAAGCAGGAAUCAAAGUAUAUAUUCGAAAACAGUUCAUCCGCAAUAUAGGAAGUGGAUAAUGUUGAACUGUUUGUAAUAGUUAUUACAUGUAUAAGAUUCCGAUGAUUACAAAUAAGAUAUUGAUAUAUGUAUAAGGUCAUCAUUUUAUGCUCUGUUAUUUAUAUACAUUGAUAAAAUAUACAAUAUUAAUCUUUUAAUGUA